AUGAAGUGUACAUGCUCAAUUGUCGCGGCAGCAGCCCUUUUGCUGAACGCUGUCUCUGCGCAGACGUUCCGCCGUCUAGGAGCUUGCCCAACGCUUGGAUGUGUCUUUCCUCCGGACCAGGCUGACUUUUUGGCCGGCCAGUACUUCGACAUCCGUCUCGAAGUCCACCAGCCCGUCAAUGGCUCUGAAGCGAUUGGACUGCCUCUGGAUGAAAAGUUCACUUUCACAAUUGGCAAGAAGGGUGCGGCGUCGAAGCCCGUAACAGAAUACUUCAAGCUCCAGGAGCCGAAGUUGGAGAAGUGGAACUUCACGUGGUUCGAAGAUCUCUUCGCUCGCGACGCGAAGAAGCCCUCUUUGGUCAACGUUGCGUCCAAAGCUUACCGCCGCGUUGCCAUCUACGAGCCCGGCGAGUACACUGCCACGCUCACCUACAACAAUGGCAGCUCCACCGAGGCUACCUGGACUAUUCGCGACUUGGCUGAGGAGCGCAAGGCCAAGAACAUCAUCCUCUUCAUUGGUGACGGUAUGACGACCAACAUGAUCACGGCCGCCCGCCUGAUCGGACACAAGAGCAUCAACGGAAAGUACCAGUCCCUUUUGGCUAUGGACAAGUUCCCUGUCCUCGGCCACCAAAUGACCCACUCUAUUGACAGCUUCAUCACCGACUCUGCCAAUAGCGCUGCUGCUCUCAACACGGGACACAAGAGCACCGUCAACUGCUUGAACGUUUACGCGGACUCAUCCAUAAAUCCUUUCGACGAUCCCAAAGUUGAGACCAUUGCUGAAAUAUUCCACCGCCUCACUGGCGGGCACAUUGGUAUCGUUUCCACUGCAUACAUUGCAGAUGCCACACCUGCUGCUCUGGUUGCCCACACCCGUAACCGUGGCGCGUACGAGGCCAUCGUCGACCAGCUCCUCAACGGUGUUCAGAACUACACCUGGACCGAUGUCCCCAUCGAUGUCAUCUUCGGUGGUGGUGCUGAGCAAUUCUACCCGCCUUCUCUCGGUGGCAAGACCUAUCAGAACAAGAACUACUACGAUGAGUUCGCCAAGCAGAAGUACCAAAUCAUCCAAAACCGCACUUCUCUCCUGUCCGCAAAGAACUCCGAGAAGGCCCUCGGUAUCUUCACCGUCUCCAACAUGGCUAAAUGGCUAGACCGUAACGUCUACCGACAGAACCUAAACCAGUCGUUGUCCCCCGCUGGUGAUAAGAAACCCGCGCUUGACCAGCCCGGACUCAAGGAAAUGACUCUCAAGGCCAUCGACAUUCUUCAGGAACGCUCUGGCGACAAGGGAUAUUUUCUACUCUCGGAAGCAGCGUCGAUAGAUAAGAUGAUGCACGUGCUGGACUAUGAUCGUGCUCUCGGUGAGCUUCUUGAGCUCGACGACACGAUCAAAGCGACCAUCGCACAUCUCAACUCCACAAACUGCCUCAAGGAGACUCUUAUUCUCGUUACUGCCGAUCACGGCCAUGGUUUCGAUGUCAUGGGCUCCGUUGACACGCAUUACCUCGCCGCGCAGAACGUCGACCGCAAAAAACGCGACGCCGUUGGCACCUACGAGCAAUCCGGCCUCUCGCAGUACAUCAACACCGGCAAUUUAACGUAUACAGACAGCAAUUUUCCCUCGAACUGGAGCCCACGGUACACGCUUUUCCAAGGUCUUAUGGCCGACCCCGACCGCCGCGAGGACUGGAGUGUCCACAAGGAUGGUCCCCGUCUCCCUGCGGUCGCUGCGAACGGCACGAAGGACAACUACGCCAACCCCCGCGAUGGAAGUGGCAAGGGUAUACUGCUCAACGGUACUCUGCCUGUUGGCGAUGACCAAGGUGUGCACUCGCUCACUGAUGUGCCUGUAUUCGCCAUGGGCCCUUGCCAGGAGCUGUUUGGCGGUGUAUACAACAGCAUUGAUAUCUUCUAUAACAUGGCAGAGUGCUUUGGACUUGGUCGUGGUACGCCGCCUAAGCAGUAA